UGGCGGCUUCGUUGGUGGCGGCAGCGGACGGGGCGGCUGGGCCUGGAACAGUCGGAGCAGCCGCUGGCAGAAGGAUGACCCAAGACGGGAAGCAGGCUGCUGAGCCUCGCCGGCUCCCGUGCUUGUAAUUGCCCCAGCCGGACACCCCCCCCCCUUGACCUACCCGGUCCGUGUCUCGUUCCGGCUUGGCCUGCCCCCCUCUCCCGUGGCCCGUACCCCCUCAAGAUAGAUUUGACUCCUUUCCCAAGCUCCCACGGCUCAAGUCUUCUUCCCCUGACCCGAGUCACCGCCGGGAGGACUGGUUGCCCUUUCCUCAGUAGAAGAGACACCUUUGCCAUUUAAACUUUAACUGUCUCAGUCCUUCAGUGAAUCUACAGACCUAUUUUCUCAGGAGCUCAGCCUGGCCCUACUUCAGUGAUAAAGGAGGAAAGGCUGGCUACAAUAAACAUCAUUCAAGAUGUCCGGCAAAGGGAGCAGCACAGAUGGCAAAACAGACUUAGCUAAUGGAAGCCUGUCUAGCAGUCCAGAGGAGAUGUCAGGAGCUGAGGAGGGGAGGGAGACAUCCUCAGGCAUUGAAGUGGAGGCCUCAGACCUGAGCUUGAGCUUGACCGGGGAUGAUGGUGGCCCCAACCGCACCAGCACAGAAAGUCGAGGCACAGAUACAGAGAGCUCAGGUGAAGACAAAGACUCUGACAGCAUGGAGGACACUGGGCAUUACUCCAUCAAUGAUGAAAACCAAGUCCAUGACCGCUCAGAGGAAGAGGAGGAAGAAGAAGAGGAAGAAGAAGAGCAUCCUCGGCGCCGUGUACAGCGCAAGCGGGCCAACCGUGACCAGGACUCAUCAGAUGAUGAGCGUGCCCUGGAGGAUUGGGUGUCCUCGGAGACAUCGGCCCUGCCCCGACCUCGCUGGCAAGCCCUUCCUGCCCUUCGAGAGCGGGAGCUGGGAUCAAGUGCCCGCUUUGUAUAUGAGGCUUGUGGGGCAAGAGUCUUUGUGCAGCGUUUCCGCCUGCAGCAUGGGCUUGAGGGCCAUACUGGUUGUGUCAAUACCCUGCACUUUAACCAGCGCGGCACCUGGCUGGCCAGUGGCAGUGAUGACCUAAAAGUGGUGGUUUGGGACUGGGUGCGGCGGCAGCCGGUUCUGGACUUUGAGAGUGGCCACAAAAGCAAUGUCUUCCAGGCCAAGUUCCUUCCUAACAGUGGUGAUUCCACCCUGGCCAUGUGUGCUCGUGAUGGGCAGGUGCGGGUAGCAGAGUUGUCUGCUACUCAGUGUUGCAAGAAUACAAAGCGUGUGGCCCAGCACAAGGGAGCGUCCCACAAGUUGGCCCUGGAACCAGACUCUCCCUGUACGUUCCUCUCUGCAGGUGAAGAUGCAGUUGUCUUCACCAUUGACCUCAGACAAGACCGGCCAGCUUCGAAACUGGUGGUGACAAAAGAGAAGGAGAAGAAAGUGGGGCUGUAUACAAUCUAUGUGAAUCCUGCCAAUACCCACCAGUUUGCCGUGGGUGGACGAGAUCAGUUUGUAAGGAUUUAUGACCAGAGGAAAAUUGAUGAGAAUGAGAACAAUGGAGUACUCAAGAAAUUCUGUCCUCAUCACCUGGUGAACAGUGAGUCCAAAGCAAACAUCACCUGUCUUGUGUACAGCCACGACGGCACAGAGCUCCUGGCCAGUUACAAUGAUGAAGACAUUUACCUCUUCAACUCCUCUCACAGUGACGGGGCCCAGUAUGUUAAGAGAUACAAGGGCCACAGAAAUAACGCCACAGUAAAAGGCGUCAAUUUCUAUGGCCCCAAGAGUGAGUUUGUGGUGAGCGGUAGUGACUGCGGGCACAUCUUCCUCUGGGAGAAAUCAUCCUGCCAGAUCAUUCAGUUCAUGGAGGGGGACAAAGGAGGCGUGGCACAGUUUAUUGAGAAGAGAAAGGGAUCUUAGGGAAGAACCCCUGGCCUGAGUGAAGUAUCUCUAGGCAUGGACCUUUUCCAAAAGAAAAACAUCAGAGUUCAAGGACCAAGAACCAUCACACCAUCCUACAUAGGAGCAUUUUUCGGAUAGUUGGGAAAAUCAGAAUAUGGUCUGUACGUUAGAUAAUGUGGCAUUCGAUGUUAAAUUUAUUUGAUGUGAUAAUAGCAUUCUGUUUAUGUAGGAGAAUAUCCUUGUACUUAGGAGAUAUGUAUUAAGUAUUUAAGGAUGAAGUGUCAAGCUUACGUUCAAAUGGAUACAAAUAAACAUGAUAUAUAUGUAUAUAUAGGGAGAGAGCAAAUACGGCAAAAUGUGUGUGUGUUUUCUUUUUUAAAGCAGCCUGCUAUACAACCCAUGAUCAUAUCACAGUCUGUUUGUCCUUUGAAUUCUACAGAUAACCUUCGUAGAGAUAGGGCAAAAAGGAAGCAUGAGGAUCCUGAAUUGGGGAGUGAAGAGUGGUCAGCUCUUAAGAUGUAUCUAGCUAACCAUAAUUUUUUUUUUUCCUUUUUUGAGACCCGGAGUCAAGAAGAAGUUCAGUAGCUUUCUAUUACAAGGUUUUUGGAUUGUAGAAUAUAUGAAAGAGACAGUUUGGGAGACUACAUUGUACUGAUUACCCGAGAUAGUCUGGUUAAGAGCCUCUGAGUAAUGGCUGAGACAGCUUGGUCUCUUUUCCCUUUCAUUCCUUGUAAGCUGUGGGGAGCUGCAGAGAGCCCAGCCAUCUCUUGAUGAGGUUUCUCCAGAGACUAGUGUUAGAAUUUAGGAUGGUUCCUUGCAGUUGGGAUCCCCUUCCUUGUUGUGUUUCUUGCCCUGGUUUGAAGCUAUUUCAGAUUUUCUUCUGGUUUCCUCUAAAUUUUUGAGACCUGCGACCAGUAUAGAUCCAAGGCUUUUAUAGCCUGAAUGUAAGUGGAGAGGAGUCUAGAACUUGAAGAUGUGUCUCACUGUUGCCUACUUCAUUUCCUACUCUUCCAGUAGGUCCUCUUCUAUUAUCUGCAGUGAACACACCCGAAACACUGGAGUCUUAAAGAGAAUUCUGCAAUAAGCAUGUAGUCAGAACCAAGUCAAAAGUGGCCAGUGAAUCCUUUCUUUAUCGUAAACUAUUGUCUUACAUUCUGUUCCAGAGAGAUGCAGGGCUGAAUGCCCUCCCGCAGGCCAGCACUUGUCUGUUCUCCAAAAUCACUCUGCAGGCCAGUUUGUUUUCAGCUCAACCAAUAUCAGGAUUUGAUGAUUAAUCCAGGUUCUCAGGUGGGGAGGGCAUCUGUUUGGGAUGGGUGGGCCUCAGGCCCGAGUUUUUCUGGUCCUAAAAGUGAGGGACUAGAACAAGAGGUGUAUAGAGACUGUACCGUGAAGUGAGUUUCCUAGCUUGUUCUUGCCUCUGUGUAAGCUGAAUUAUUCAUGUGAUCCUCACUUGGCUCCCUCUAUUUUUUUGUCUUAACCUUCCAGCAGUGGGGUCACCAGGCACCACACUCAGUGUAGACUCAUAGCAGUUCUAUAUCAUAAAGUAGAAUGUUAGAACCAGAAAGGAUCUUAGAAAUUAUCGGCCACCUUGCUCAGGUCUCUUGACUGUUUUUGGCUCAAACUCUAGUCCUUUUCUUUGUUCCCAUUCAGAGACAAGGGUGGGGGGUGAUGUCAAAGGACAAUCCUUAGUCUCCCAAAAGCACUUGGCUGCUUCGUCCCUUUCCCUCCAUCCCCUAGCCCAGUCAUCUAAGGCCAGAGCUCUUUUCUCU